AUGGAUUUAUUAGCUCAGCUGGUCAUCGGCCAAAUCCUGAGAAUCUCAGGUUAUGGUAUUGCACUUGUCUUGACCUCGGUCGUCCUCAAUGUCGUCAAUCAGCUGUUUUUCUACAACAAAAAUGAGCCCCCUGUGGUAUUUCAUUGGUUUCCCAUCGUGGGCAGUACGAUUAGCUAUGGCAUGGAUCCCUACCGGUUCUUCUUCUCGUGUCGACAGAAGCACGGUGACAUCUUUACCUUCAUACUGCUGGGCAAGAAGACCACGGUCUACCUUGGUACAGAUGGUAAUGAAUUUAUCCUGAACGGGAAGCUGAAGGACGUUAAUGCCGAAGAGGUUUACGGGAAGCUGACCACGCCCGUCUUCGGAUCGGAUGUUGUCUAUGAUUGUCCGAAUUCUAAGCUCAUAGAGCAGAAGAAGUUCAUCAAGUUCGGCCUCAGCCAAGAAGCCCUAGAGUCCUACGUACCCCUGAUCGAAGAAGAAGUCAAUCAAUACAUCAAAAAGUCCGGCAAAUUCAAAGGUAAAUCCGGAACGAUUGACCUUGGUGCCGUAAUGGCAGAGAUCACCAUCUUCACAGCCGGUCGCACCCUUCAGGGCGACGAAGUUCGUGCAAAGCUUACCUCGGAGUUUGCCGACCUCUACCACGACCUGGACCUGGGCUUCUCGCCUAUCAACUUCAUGCUUCCUUGGGCGCCGCUCCCGCAUAACCGCAAGCGAGAUCUGGCUCAUGCUCGCAUGCGCGAGAUUUAUCUGGAUAUCAUCCACAAGAGACGCAUGGCGAGUACAUCCGAUCAAUCCCAAGCUAAGGAUAUGAUCGGGAACCUGAUGCGCUGCGUAUACCGUGAUGGAACCCCUAUUCCAGACAAGGAGAUUGCGCACAUGAUGAUUACUUUGCUUAUGGCCGGACAGCACUCGUCGUCUGCGAUCAGCUGCUGGAUCAUGCACCGUCUCGCCUCCGAGCCUGAGAUGACAGAGAAACUAUACAACGAGCAGACCGGCGCUUUGGGUGCGGGUCUCCCUCCUCUCAAGCACAGUGAUCUUGAUAAACUGCCAUUGCUCCACAACGUCAUCAAAGAGACGCUGCGUAUCCACUCGUCCAUCCAUACCCUCAUGCGCAAGGUCAAGAACCCGAUGCCUAUUCCUGGAACAUCUUACGUUGUGCCAACCACGCACAACCUUCUCUCAUCACCAGGUGUAACAGCCCGUGAUGAGCGCUACUUUCGUAACGCCAUGACUUGGGAUCCGCACCGGUGGGAGACUCGCAUGGAAGCUGAGGACGAGACAGAUACCGUGGAUUAUGGAUAUGGCGCUGUGUCAAAGGGCACGCGUAGUCCCUAUUUACCCUUUGGCGCGGGAAGACACCGUUGCAUUGGCGAGAAGUUUGCCUAUCUGAACCUCGAUAUCAUUGUUGCGACGCUUGUACGAAACUUCCGAUUUUACAACCCGGAGGAUCGGGAGGGUGUGCCAGAGACAGAUUACUCGUCUCUUUUUUCACGACCAAUGCCGCACGCGACGGUUCGGUGGGAACGUCGAUAA